GCGGCGCUCCCCGCCGCCGCCGCGCGUCCCCGGUGCGCCCCACGUGCCGCCGCCGCCAUGGGCGUGCUGCCGGUGCCGGCGGAGGUGCGCGCCAUCCUGCUGGACAUCGAGGGCACCACCACCCCCAUCGCCUUCGUCCAGGAGACCUUGUUCCCUUACAUCAAAGACAACGUGAAGGAUUAUCUUCGCGCUCACUGGGAGGAGGAGGAGUGCCAGCGGGAUGUGGGACUUCUGAGGAAACAGGCUCAGGAGGACUCCAGCCUGGACGGGGCUGUGCCCAUCCCUUUGGAGAGCGGCAGCGGGGAGGAGGAGCUGGAGCGCGUCAUCCAGGCCGUGGUGGACAACGUGCACUGGCAGAUGUCCCUGGACAGGAAAACCACAGCACUGAAGCAGCUGCAGGGCCACAUGUGGAGGGCAGCCUAUGCCACCGGGCACGUCAAAGGAGAAAUCUUCGAGGACGUUGUUCCAGCCAUCCGGAAGUGGCGAGAAGCAGGGAUGAAGGUCUAUAUCUACUCUUCAGGCAGCGUCGAAGCCCAGAAGCUGCUGUUUGGAUACUCUACAGAAGGUGAUAUCUUAGAGCUCUUUGAUGGCCACUUUGAUACCAAAAUAGGCCCCAAGGUAGAAAGUGAGAGCUACAGGAGGAUUGCUGCCAGUAUUGGGUGUGCCACCAACAACAUCCUCUUCCUGACAGAUGUCCCUCGAGAAGCCAAUGCAGCCGAGGAGGCAGACACUCACGUGGCUGUGGUGAUCAGACCGGGCAACGCAGGACUGACGGACGAUGAGAAAUCCUAUUACAGCCUCAUCUCGUCUUUCACCGAACUGUUCUUGCCUUCCUCCACUUAGGGAAAGCGGUGCAUGCACAAAAGACCGUGCUUCACCUAAUUGUCCUUGUGAAAUGUUAGGUCAUUUUGUCCAUAAUCAGAAUUUCAAACCAAAUCCACAUUUUGUCUUGGGCCUCGUGCAGGAAGGUAUGGAUGGAGAGUAUGGUGUGGGGUCCCUCCUGCAGUAGAACAGAAGCCUGCUGCCAGCUGGAGCUGGGAACAGGGCAGGGAGCAGCACCUAUGAGCCCUGUUGUUCCUCUCCUUUCCUCGCUAGCAGUUAGCUAAGGGAAUGCUUCCUCCAGACUCAUCCCCUGAAAUCUGGUGCUGAGAUGCCCCACCGUGAGCUCUGUCAUUUUUAGAAGCAGUCUGCAAACAAGGUUUAUGUCCUCUUGUCCCAGAGGGAGCACUGGGGACCAUAGGGGGAUUUGUGAGCUUCUCCCUGCAGAUAGGAUUUCUGGCUUAGUCAAAAACAUUCACAGUUAGAACUCUCAAAGGGAAAUGCCAACUGUGGGGCUAUAGUACAGUAGGACUGGGCUGCCACAGAGGAAGCCAGUCCUUGCUGCAGGCAGGCUCUUUUGACAAGGAACAAUGUGUAUCUUGGCUGUGUCUGCAGCAGCUCUAGGUACAAAACAGUACAACUUGCAUAUGGAAGCUGCUUAGAGCUCCACAGCCAGCCUACCCAGAAUGAAGUUGAGUAUUUAAUAUAUAUAAAAAUACAGGUUUAAAAAUUAAAUUCUGGACACACUUCACUGCUGCAUCAUGGUGCUGGGCUAUGGGAUACAACUGUCUGAACCCCAAAGUCAGCUUGACAACAUUUCUGAAAUAUCUCAGCACUGACCCACAGAGCUCCUCAUCCAGCCAAGAUCACCUAGUCACACAUUCAUAGCAGUGGGUCAGCUGUGAGCAGACCCUGACAAACUGCUGAGGGCAGACAUCCUGCUGCAUUUGAUGAGAAUUAAACCCCUGACCUUUUCACCUUACCUAAAUUGUGCCAAUGUAGAUCACAUGGUCAUGGAGCUUUUCCUAAUGUAGUAAAUAAAAACACAACUUUGCUUUCA